ACUAUCGAUAUCACCAAUUGCCGGUCUAUUUACAUUCUGCGAAUUUUUGCACCGAAUGUUCUGAAAAACAAAAUUUUCCAUGAUUUGCCGAUCGCACAAAUAGUCCCAUAAUUUAGUUAUAAUGUGUGCAAACAGCCAGCGCAAUCCCACUGCAGGGGCAACCAGCGCCAGCUCGUCGUGCAGUGAGGGUCGUCUAAGUUUGUAUUGUUUUGUGAUUACAGCGAGCCUCAUUCUAAUACCAUCGGUGCCGCAGAUCUACUAUGGCAUCAUUGUGCCGAACGUGUGGGGUGCCGUCUUUUGGGGACCGGUCCUUUACUACGCCCUGAUAAAUAUGAUAAUACGAUUUGUGCUCAGAAACAGCGACUACCAGGUGGCGAUACGGGCGUCGUUUCUGGGGUUUGUCGAGGCUGUGAGCGUACUAGUCAUUUGCUUUGCUCCUACGUCUUGGCAACAGUUUGGCGUCUACGGGUGCUUUAUGGCAUUCUUCCAUUAUUCAGAGUUCCUGAUCAUAGCCUACGCCAAUCCGCGCACGCUGACCCUAGACUCGUUCAUGCUAAACCAUUCGGUGCACUAUGGCCUGGCUGCGGCAGCCAGCUGGAUUGAGUAUGCCCUGGAAGUGCACUUUCUGCCCGAUUUCAAACGCUACGGCUACAUUUGGCUGCUAGGCAUGGCCCUGUGCACCUUUGGCGAGCUGAUCCGGAAGUCGGCCAUCAUCACAGCAGGACGAAGCUUUACGCACUUGGUCCAAAACGAAAAGCACUCGGACCACAAGCUCAUUACGCACGGCGUAUAUGCAUACUGCCGACAUCCUUCGUAUGUGGGCUGGUUCUGGUGGUCCAUCGGUACACAGCUCAUACUGAUGAAUCCCAUUUGCAUCUGCGUCUACACGCUAGUCAGCUGGCUCUUCUUCCACGAUCGCAUCUACGUCGAGGAGUACUCCCUGCUCAAUUUCUUUCAGUCGGACUAUGUGCGCUAUCAGAAGCGAGUGCCCACUGGCCUGCCCUUAAUAAAAGGCUAUCUGCUUGAGUAGCAGUAUUGUAGAGUCGAGGUCAGCCACACAAACAAUCGCGAAACUACACAAAGUUCUAUUUAAGGCUAAGGUUAAAAAUCAUCUUUUGUACAGCCAAAAAAAAAAGCACAUUUACGAUAAUAAUUUAACUGAUAAUUUAACAUA